CUUUCCCAAACAUGUCACUAAUGGUCAGUGUUUGAGGUUUGGUCCCUUGGCGCAUGGUGGCGCCAUCGUUUGCAGAAACAAGAGCAUCAUUGAGAAGAGAUCGUGAUACCUUUUCUACUCAAAACCGGAGGUUGAUUUAAUUUCCUCUUCCUGAUUCCCUCACCGAGUCACCGGUAACCACCUAACGCUACCAAGCUGCCGGGCCGCUGUCCAGCCGUCGUCCGCCCAGGCGUGGUCAUACCACAGACCACAGUGAGCACAGCGGCACACAAUCUAGAUUUUCUGGCAUCUGGCUCUCCUAGUCUCUCAAUUUCGGCCCUAGCCGCCACUAGUGUUUGUAAGAGAUGGCGAUGAGAGCACAAGAUAAAUUGAUCUUCACAAAGGAACCCUACAUUGAGGAUGUGGGGCCUAGGAAAAUAAAAAGCAUCCAAUUCUCUGUGCUUUCCGAAGCUGAAAUUAUGAAAUCGGCCGAAGUACAAGUCUGGAGAGGUUCUUAUUAUGACUCCAAUAAAAAACCAAUUGAAAAUGGUUUGCUGGAUCCCCGAAUGGGUCCUCCAAACAAGACUGACGUUUGUGCAACAUGCCAUGCAAGUUUUGGGGAUUGUCCAGGGCAUUUUGGAUACUUGCCCCUCGCGCUACCUGUAUAUAACAUCGGAUAUUUAAGCACAAUUUUGGAUAUUUUAAAGUGCAUAUGCAAGUCUUGUUCUCGUAUACUUCUGGAGGAGGAACCUCGCAAAGACUUCUUGAAGAAAAUGAGAAAUCCCAAGAUGGAUUUUUUGAGAAAGAGUGACUUAAGGAAAAGGAUAGUAAAGAAGUGUACUGCUUUGGCAAGUAGUAGAAAAGCAGUGAAGUGCCCCAGAUGCGGAUAUAUAAAUGGCAUAGCGAAGAAGGCGACAGGUAUGCUUGGCAUUAUUCAUGAUCGUUCGAAAAUUACAGAUGGGAUUUUUGAAGAAUGCAGUUCAGCAAUUUCUCAUACUAAGGAGUCUAAGGCGUCGUUUACCAUGUCUAAUAUUCUUAACCCUGCCAGGGUUCUGUCUCUUUUUAAAAGGAUGCAGGAUGAGGAUUCUGAAUUGCUUUACCUUUGUGAUAGACCAGAGAAACUCAUCAUUACCAACAUUGCAGUGCCACCCACACCUAUCCGCCCUUCAGUUUUUGUAGACGGUGGAACAAGGAGCAAUGAAAAUGACAUUACAGAGAGGUUAAAACUAAUUAUUCAAACAAAUGCUAGCCUUCGUCAGGAAUUACUUGAAACUAGCUCCACAAUCAAAUGUUUGGCUUCUUGGGAAUUUCUUCAAAUGGAAGUUGCACAAUACAUAAGUAGCGAUGUACGUGGCAUUCCAUUAGCUAUGCAACCUGCCAAGCAAUUGAGUGGCUUUGUUCAGCGCCUUAAGGGAAAGCAUGGGCGUUUUCGUGGUAAUUUAUCUGGGAAGCGUGUUGAAUAUACUGGAAGAACUGUUAUAUCCCCUGAUCCUAAUCUGAAAAUUACUGAGGUAGCCAUCCCAAUCUUAAUGGCUAAGAUCUUGACUUAUCCAGAACGUGUUUCCCAUCACAAUAUAGAGAAGUUGAGGCAGUGUGUUCGUAAUGGUCCUCAAAAGUAUCCUGGUGCAAAGAGUAUUAGAUAUCCUGAAGAUGGUUCUAUGAGGCUUUUGAUGUUUUCUUCAAGAAAGCGUGCUGCUGACGAACUGAAAUUUGGUUGCAUAGUUGAUCGCCAUUUGGAAGAUGGUGACAUUGUUCUUUUCAACAGGCAGCCAAGCUUGCAUCGGAUGUCUAUCAUGUGCCAUAGGGCAAGGAUAAUGCCAUGGAGAACACUGAGAUUCAAUGAGUCUGUUUGCAACCCUUACAAUGCUGAUUUUGAUGGUGAUGAGAUGAAUUUGCAUGUCCCGCAAACAGAAGAGGCUCGCACAGAGGCUCUUAUGUUGAUGGGGGUGCAAAACAACUUGUGCACACCAAAGAAUGGUGAGGUCUUGGUUGCAUCCACUCAAGAUUUUCUUACGUCUUCGUUCCUCAUAACAAGGAAGGACACAUUUUAUGACCGUGCCACUUUUUCUUUGCUAUGUUCUUACAUGGGGGAUGGGAUGGAAGUUGUUGACUUGCCAACGCCAGCAUUAAUUAAGCCAAUAGAGCUUUGGACUGGUAAACAGUUAUUUAGUGUUCUACUGCGCCCAAAUGCACGCACGAGGGUCUACGUGAAUCUGACCGUAACAGAGAAAACUUACAUGAAGCAAAAAGAUAGAACAUAUGUGUCUUCUGACGAAACAAUGUGUCCUAAUGAUGGGUUUGUCUAUUUUCACAACAGUGAGCUAAUAUCUGGGCAACUUGGGAAGGCAACUUUAGGAAAUGGCAACAAGGAUGGACUUUACUCUGUUCUUCUCAGAGACUACAAUGCACAUGGUGCUGCUGCUUGUAUGAAUCGUCUGGCAAAACUGAGUGCUCGGUGGAUUGGAAAUCAUGGAUUCUCCAUUGGGAUUGAUGAUGUCCAACCUGGAGAGCUACUGAAUAUGCGAAAAAGGGAGACGAUUUUGGAAGGUUAUGAAAAUUGUGAUGAACUAAUUCAAUCUUACAAUGAAGGAAAGCUUAAACUUCAGCCUGGAUGUGAUGCUGCUCAAACACUAGAAGCUAGGAUAACUGAUGUGUUGAAUAAAAUUCGGGAAGCAACUGGAAAGGUCUGCAUGGAACAGCUACAUUGGAGGAAUAGUCCAUUGAUCAUGUCGCAAUGUGGUUCCAAAGGAUCUCCCAUCAACAUUAGCCAAAUGAUUGCAUGUGUUGGUCAGCAAUCAGUAGGGGGUCGUCGGGCUCCUAAUGGAUUCAUAGAUCGAAGCCUUCCUCACUUUCCUAGAAUGUCAAAGAUGCCUGCCGCUAAAGGCUUUGUUGCUAAUUCAUUUUACAGUGGUUUGUCAGCUACUGAGUUCUUUUUCCAUACAAUGGGAGGACGAGAAGGCCUUGUGGAUACUGCGGUGAAGACUGCUGACACAGGCUACAUGUCUCGUAGAUUGAUCAAAGCUUUGGAGGACCUGUCUGUUCAUUAUGAUAAUACUGUACGGAAUGCUAAUGGAACCAUAGUUCAAUUUCUUUAUGGAGACGAUGGCAUGGAUCCUGCACAGAUGGAAGGGAAAAAAGGAUUUCCUUUGAAUUUUGAAAGAUUGUUUCUGAAAGUUAAGGCUACAUGUCCUCCCAAGAGCAACAAAUAUCUGCUUCCAUCAGAAAUUUCGGCUGAAAUCAGUGAAAGGCUCAAAAAACAUGAUAUGACUGUUGAUGGGGGGUGCUCUAGUGCUUUUAAGAAAUCAUUAUCUAAUUUCCUUGAAAUUUGUAUAGUUAAAAGAUUGGAGGACAUGAGCAAUGCACUGGAAUUGGAUGUAGCCAAUAAGAUAGCUGGUAUUACCUCCCAGCAGUUGCAGGUAUUUUUGGAUACUUGUAUAUUGCGCUAUCAUUCUAAAAGACUUGAAGCUGGUACAGCAAUUGGAGCAAUUGGAGCCCAAAGUAUUGGAGAACCAGGGACUCAGAUGACAUUGAAAACUUUUCACUUUGCAGGAGUUGCUAGCAUGAAUGUUACACUCGGAGUUCCACGUAUCAAAGAAAUCAUAGAUGGAGCCAAAAAUAUAAAAACACCUAUAAUUACUGCAACCCUUGAGUGUGAUGAUAAUGUGAAAACUGCACGAAUGGUAAAAGGCUGCAUUGAAAAAACAGUUCUAGGCCAGGUUUCAAAGAGUAUAAAAAUUGUCAUGACAUCUAGAUUAGCAUCAAUUGUUAUUUCACUAGACAAGGAAAGAAUUCAAGCUUCUCAAUUGUGUAUAGAUGCUGAUAUUGUGAGACAAUCAAUUCUGAAAUCUCCUGGGAUCAAACUGAAGCAACAGCACAUCAAAGUUUUAGAUUCUAGGAAGUUGGAAGUUAUUCCUCAGGUUGAUAGAAGUAGGCUUCAUUUCGAACUCCAGUCUCUUAAAAAUAUGCUUCCAAUGGUGGUGGUAAAGGGCAUAAAUACUGUUGAGCGUGCAGUAAUAAAUGCUAGCAAGAAACAAGUAGCUGGACAUGAACAGGAAAAGGAAAAGUUCAACUUGCUGGUUGAAGGGACGGGUCUUCAAGCGGUGAUGGGCACCAAAGGAGUUGAUGGACACAAAACAACUACUAACCACAUCAUGGAAGUGUGUCGCACACUUGGGAUUGAAGCUGCAAGAAAGUGCAUUAUUGGUGAAAUACAGUACACAAUGGAAUCACAUGGAAUGAGUAUUGAUGCACGCCAUAUGAUGCUUUUAGCAGAUCUGAUGACCUUUAAGGGUGAAGCUCUAGGAAUCACAAGAUAUGGCAUUCAGAGAAUGAAAGAUAGUGUAAUGAUGCUGGCCUCGUUUGAGAAGACAACAGAUCAUCUGUUCAAUGCUUCUGUUAAUGGGAGGGAUGACAAGAUUGAAGGCGUUAGUGAGUGCAUCAUUAUGGGCAUUCCAAUGCAAAUUGGUACUGGGAUACUUAAAGUUCGUCAGAGUGUUCCACGGGUCAAGAGUAAGCAUGGGUCUGAUCCAAUUAUAUCAUAGAGUUUCCCAAGCCAAUGUUUGAAGAGUGAAGCAAGAUUUGUAGACCAUCCGGGUGCAGUCAAGGACUCAAAUUGGAUAUGAGUUGGCAUAAUUUAGCAUAGUGAUUGAGGUCAUAUGAAGAAUCUAUUCACCCCCAAUAUUUGGUAUUAUGGGUGAGAAUUUUGAUAUUAUAUUAUGCAAAUUUAACCAAGUUCUGCAGGUUUCUAAAUUAUGUUGCAUUGUUUAUCAUGAUGAUUCUGUUGAUUGUUUCACUGGUUAGUGGUCUUUUCUCUCUCUCUCUCUUUUAAAUUAGAGAAGAGGUUAGGUAAUGGUGUAAUUGUUUCCCAUACACAUUAUUAGAAAAAGGUGGAUAUAUAGGAAGAAGUUACAGAGGAUUAUUUUCAGAG